AUGACAUCUUGGGCAGAGGAAAAAGAGCUUAUUCCUUCUGAGGAGAUUGCUAUGGAAGAGACCCAAGCUGGAAAUCACAAUUUGAAGCUCUUCAAAUUUGGAACCAGUGCAGAACAGGACAAUCGCUUCAGCAACAAGCAGAAGAAGCUGUUGAAGCAGCUGAAAUUUGCAGAAUGCCUAGAAAAGAAGGUGGACAUGAGCAAAGUAAAUCUGGAAGUAAUCAAACCAUGGAUAACAAAACGAGUAACAGAAAUCCUUGGAUUUGAAGAUGAUGUAGUAAUUGAAUUUAUAUUCAACCAGUUGGAAGUGAAGAAUCCAGAUUCCAAAAUGAUGCAAAUCAACCUGACUGGUUUUUUGAAUGGAAAAAAUGCUAGGGAGUUCAUGGGGGAGCUAUGGCCACUGCUGCUAAGUGCACAAGAAAACAUUGCUGGUAUUCCAACUGCCUUUUUGGAGCUGAAGAAAGAAGAAAUAAAACAGCGGCAGAUAGAGCAAGAGAAACUGGCUUCUAUGAAGAAACAAGAUGAAGACAAGGAGAAGAGGGAUAAAGAAGAUAAAGACAACAGAGAAAAAAGAGACAGAUCCAGGAGUCCGAGAAGACGCAAAUCAAGGUCUCCUUCCCCUAGAAGAAGAUCAUCCCCUGUCAGAAGAGAGCGGAAACGCAGCCAUUCUCGCUCCCCUCAUCACAGAACCAAGAGUCGUAGUGCUACUCCUGCACCAGAGAAGAAAGAGGCGACUCCUGAGCCAGAACCCUCUGUAAAACCAAAGGAGACUGUUGUUCAAGAGGCAGCAUCAAAUAGUGACAUCCCCAAAGUUCCCAAACCUGAACCUCCUGCACCUGAGACUAAGGAAGCUUCACCAGAGCGUAAUUCAAAGAAGGAGCGAGAGAAGGAGAAAGAGAAGACCCGGCAGAGAUCCCCAACUCGGUCCAAAUCAAGGUCAAGAUCUCGGUCACGUUCCCCAUCUCAUUCUAGACCAAGAAGGCGUCAUAGAUCACGGUCAAGAAGGCGACCAAGCCCAAGACGACGACCGUCUCCGAGGAGGAGGAGUCCUCCAAGGCGGAUGCCUCCCCCGCCCAGGCACAGAAGGAGCAGAUCCCCUGUGAGGCGGAGGAGACGGUCAUCAGCAUCUUUAUCUGGCAGCAGCUCUUCCUCCUCCUCCUCACGUUCCCGAUCACCACCAAAGAAACCACCUAAGAGAACUGUGUCCAGCCCUCCUCGGAAAACACGUAGGCUGUCUCCUUCUGCAAGUCCUCCUCGGCGAAGGCACAGACCAUCCCCCCCAGCAAGUCCACCUCCAAAACCACGUCGGUCUCCAACACCUCAACAGUCAAAUCGUGCAAGAAAAAGCCGUGGCUCUGUUUCUCCUGGCAGAACAUCAGCAACCAAACAUAAGAGUACUGAAAAGAGAGAAUCUCCUUCGCCAGCACCAAAAGCAAGGAAAGCAGAACUGUCUGAAUCGGAAGAAGAUAAAGGAGGUAAAACGGCUGCAGCAGAUUCUGUGCAACAGAGGCGCCAGUAUAGAAGGCAAAAUCAGCAGUCUUCAUCUGAUUCUGGUUCAUCGUCUUCAUCUGAAGAGGAACGGCCUAAAAGAUCCAAUGUGAAGAACGGGGAGGUCGGCAGGCGCCGCCGCCAUUCGCAUUCACGCAGUCGAUCUCCUUCUCCGCGAAAGCGACAAAAGGAAUCUUCACCUCGGAUGCAGAUGGAAAAGAGGUGGCAAUCACCAGUGAUGAAAAGGUCUCCGUCGCCGCCGCCGCGCAGGCGCUCGCCCUCUCCCCGGCGCUACUCCCCGCCGAUUCAGCGGCGCUACUCGCCCUCGCCGCCCCCCAAGCGCCGCACGGCCUCUCCUCUGCCGCCGCCGAAGCGAAGGGCGUCCCCCUCUCCCCAGUCCAAGCGCAGGGUCUCCCACUCGCCGCCGCCGAAGCAGCGGAGCUCCCCGGCUGCCAAGAGGCGCUCCCCGUCGGUAUCUUCCAAGCACAGGAAGGGGUCUCCUCCCAGCAGGUCUAACCGGGAUGCGCGUUCGCCACCCCAAAACAAAAGGCAUUCACCUUCACCUCGGCCUAGAGCUUCUCACACCUCUGCGAGCCCCCCGCCGCUGCGAAGAGGGGCUUCAGCUUCACCUCAGAGAAGACAGUCUCCAUCUCCAAGCACUAGACCCAUCAGGAGGGUGUCAAGGACACCAGAACCUAAGAAAACAAAGGCUUCCACGCCAAGUCCGCGCUCUGCCAGACGGGUGUCUUCAUCACGAUCUGCCUCGGGAUCUCCGGAGCCGGCGCCCAAGAAGCACCAAGGAGCUGCCUCUCCUGCUCGGUCUCGUUCACCUUCUGCAAACUGGUCACCUGCAAAAAAGGCUAAAAGUCCAACUCAGAGCCCGUCACCUGCAAGGAAUUCAGAUCAAGAAGGUGGUGGGAAGAAGAAGAAGAAGAAGAAGGAUAAGAAGCAUAAAAAGGAUAAGAAGCACAAGAAACACAAAAAACAUAAGAAGGAGAAGGCUGCAGCGGCUGCAACAGCUGCUGCUGUGGCUGCAGCAGAUACCACCUCAGCACAGGAAGACCAAGAGGCAGAGACAGAACCCAAAAAGGAGACAGAAAGUGAACCAGAAGACAACCUGGAUGAUCUAGAAAAACACCUGAGGGAGAAGGCACUGAGGUCCAUGAGGAAGGCGCAAGUGUCACCACCAUCUUAGGCUGAAACCUUUGAUAUAAUGUACAUUUUCUUUGGUUUGUACUCAGAAUUCAAUUUCAAAUUGCUAAAUGUGUUUGAGCUUUAGAAUAUAACAUUUGUUGUAAUAAUUGCUAGGUUGAGGUUCACCAUGUACAAAGGGCAUGGAUUUACAUUACAAAAGGUGUCCACAGUGUACUAGUGACAUUCUUUCAUUGGCAGUCUACAUAAUUUCAUUUAGAGUGAGACUUUUUAGAAGCAGUAGGAAUUUUGUUUGAAGGUUUUAAACAUGGCCAUCAGUUCCCUAGUUUCUUUAAAAUUCACCCAAACCUUUAGAAUAAUUUGUGAGGGUCUCAUUUGAUUUCUUUUGUACCCCAUUACAUUAGGCUACUAACCUUUGUGGUUUGUAAGCUUGCCCAGGAGUAAAACCACUGCAGAGUUACCAAGAAGUACAUAUAUUUUAAUGCUUUCUACUGUUGCCUGUAUAGUCUCCAUUAAAGUGAAUCAAGAAUAGCAAUUUAGAAUGGUACAUAAAUGAAAGCAUGUUGUUUACCAGGACACUGUGGGUUUAUAUUGAUGUAACAUGUUGAUUUGGAACACUGGAAUUUCAUUUGUAUUUUUAUGUUCUUUUUUUAAAGGGCAGUUUCCAUGAUCAGCAGUCCCAGAAAAAUUCCUUCAGUUACAUAAAUUUUGUUUGUGAGAUGUCGUUGCCCCAUUCAUAAAUCUUGUCUCGUUGCGGUUCUUCUGAAUGGUAUAAGCAACUUUCAGAGAUGUGGUCUUUGAAAGUUUGAGGAACCCGAACUUUGGAUAUUGUCAUGUUUUCACUGUUUUUUGUUUUUGUUUUUUUAACUAAAGCUAUAUAAAGCUUGUGGAUUAAACAAAAUAAAUUUCUAAAUUUAAAGAGAUGUUGGCUAUUUUUAUAUGAACAUUUGCAUUUGCUAAUCAGCUUUCUUUUGUACAGGGUUGUCAAAUACACAGAUAUUGUUUGAUCCAGUAUACUGGCUUUUUAAAGUGGGGCUUUUUGUUUUUAGCUUUCCUACUGGUAGCGGAAAUAGCCCUUAGUUAAUUCAGUGAUGUUCCUGUUGUGUCUGGAUUGGUGUUCUUGCAAAGCAAGAGUAAAACAAGCUACCUGGCCAGCACGGUGUUAGGAUGGUUAAGUUAAA